UCAUUGUUGGUGGCUGAGGGGAACAGAGUGAAUUUGCUGGGGCUUGACUGGUUUGAACCGUUGGGAAUUGCUAUUUCUGGCAUUAAUAGUGUAACGAAGAAUAAAUGGGCUGUACUGUAUAAGGAAUUUACUGAUGUGUUUGGGGGUGGCCUGGGAAAAUAUACGGGACCCCCAGUAGCGUUUGAACUUGAUCCUGCCGUGAGGCCGGUUCGCCUCAAGUAUAGGAAGGUUCCUAUUCCUCUUAAGCCCAGAAUCGAAGCAGAGCUGGACAAGCUCAUCGAGCAGGGCGUGUUAGAGCCAGUUCCCUUCAGUCGGUGGGAGACCCCCAUUGUAACCCCUGUUAAGCCGGACGGGUCAGUACGCAUCUGUGCUGACUACAAAUGCACCAUAAAGCGGGCAUUGCAACAGCACUCGUACCCAGUACCGGUAAUUAGCCAUGUCUUGGCAUCGUGGGGGGGGGGGAAAGUCUUUGCGAAGUUCGACUUGGCCCAGGCUGACCAGCAGCUUCCCGUGACCAAGGAAGCUGCUGAAGCACAGACCAUUGUGACACACAGGGGGGCGUUCAAAGUAAACAGGCUCCAAUUUGGUGUGAAUGUGGCCCCAGGGAUUUUUCAGAGUCUCAUGGAAGGGCUGUUGAGGGGGGUACCAGGAACGGUCCCUUAUUUUGAUGACGUUCUCAUUGCCGGGAGAUCCGAUGAGGAACUUAUGCACAGGGUCAGGGAAGUGCUCAAGCGUUUCAGUAAGGCCGGAUUGAAAGUAAAACAAUCCAAGUGUUUGAUAGGGGUGGAUAGCGUGGAAUUCCUGGGGUUCAGAGUGGACCAAAAUGGCGUACACCCCACAGACGAGAAGGUGAGAGCUAUCAAAAAUGCCCCUUGCCCCGACGCAAAAUGGCGGUGGGGUGCUGAACAGAAAAAGGCGUUUGAAGGGGUGAAAUCAUUGUUGUCAUCAAAUGCAGUGUUGACCCACUAUGAUGACCAGAAAUUGUUGGUCUUGGCCGCAGAUGCCUCUCCUUAUGGGGUGGGGGCGGUAUUAAGUCAUGUAAUGGAAGACGGGCGGGAGGCCCCCGUCGCGUUUUAUUCAAAGUCACUGAGUGAAACUGAAAAGAACUAUGCCCAGAUCGAUAAAGAGGGACUGGCGCUCGUUUCUGCAGUAAAGAAAUUCCACGAUUUCGUGUAUGGCAGACUUUUUCGGCUUGUGACAGACCACAAGCCGCUGCUUGGGAUUUUUGCCCCGGACCGGCAACUCCCAAAUAUAAUGUCUGCCAGAAUGCUCCGUUGGGCCUUGUUUUUGUCGGCCUAUGACUAUGACCUGGAGCACCGGCCGGGCAAGGCCAUCGGACAUGCGGACGCAUUAAGUCGUUGCCCGCUGCCCGGCCGAGAUUUGGACCCUGCACCAACGGCCUCUGUGUUGGCCAUCGAAGAACUGCCGCAAGCACCCAUCACCUCCAAGGACAUUGCCGCUGCGUCGGCUAAGGACACUGUAAUUGCGAGAGUCCUUAACUGGGUUUGGAGGGGGUGGCCGAUGGGUGCUAUGGAGCCGGAAUUUCGCACGUACAAAGCGCGCCAAAACGAGUUGUCUGUGUCUAAAGGCUGUUUACUGUGGGGAAACCGGGUGGUGGUGCCUCACUGCCUCAGACAAAAAGUGCUGAAAUCACUCCAUGAAGGCCAUCCGGGCAUGGUACACAUGAAGGCGCUGGCCCGAGGUUAUGUGUGGUGGCCCGGGCUUGAUGCAGAAAUCGAGGAUUGGGUGUAUGCGAGAAAUUAUGCCAGUGGUCACUUGUGGCUCCCAGCCACU